GGAGGCGUCUACCGCUAUGCAAUAUUUAUAUUGUUGUUUAGAGAGGUUGUUGGGAGGUGCACCGGGGGUUUCAUUAACCUCAGUUUCUUACUGGACCUGGAAUAAGAUUGGGAUCCUUUUGAGAUAAUGUUCAGGAGUCCACAAAUUAUGGCCUUGACAUGCCCUGUCAGAACCCUGCUGCUGCUGUCUGUCAGAGACCCCCGCGUGCCUGCCCUACCUGAACACGCCUGUCAUAGGUGGAAUGGACCCAAAGCAGGGAGAAGUCUCUGUCAGGGGAAUGGUGGAGGGGAGGAGGCAGUGCCCCUCUCUUCAGCCAUCUCUUCACACCUUGUUAGCAGAAGCACCUCCGGUUGUGAAAGCUGUCUCCUAAACACCGCACCUCAACACCCCUUACAAAAAGCCACCCCUCCCAACCGACCUCAAUUGUCUCAGGACUCUAGCUUUGUCUCUUUGAAACAUACACCACGACUGCUGGUGAUAGUAGCAUGUGACCCUUGGAAAACCACUUCAUUGGAACAUUUGGACAAUUCCAAAGCCAUCGAAUGUUCUAGCGACCGUAAGUGCCUUCUACAAAGGAGGCAAACUGGCAAUGGUAGCCAAUGUUUGUCUGCUGAGGUGAAGGUCAACAUCACAUUCAGUGUUAAAAGUGGCAAGAUUCACAAGGACAUUUUUCACAGACUGCUUGUGUCCACACCCAAACAGUGGACUGUGGAUCCCCAGCGACUCCUUUCACUCCAGAGCCACGGCCUACACCAGUCUGCUGCCUCCGGCCCUGAGGGUGCCCUGAGGGAGUGCCUUUCGCUGGUGAACGAGGCGCGCUGCCGGCAGAGCCUGGAGCCUAAUGUGGCUCUCUAUGAGAAAGACGUCCGGGGGGAAAGGGGGCCCAGUGAGGCCCAGGGGAAGUGGGCGUCUGUGCUGGUCUCUCUUUGCUCUGUGGAGGGAGAGCCCGCCUUCCUGUUCACCCUCAGAUCCACAGCACUGAAGGGCAGACACAAGGGCGACGUCAGUUUUGCAGGAGGCAAGCGUGACCCCUCGGACAAGGACGUUGUGGACACCGCCCUGAGAGAAGCUUGUGAGGAACUGGGCAUCACUGUGGCAACAAACCAAGUGUGGGGCGUGCUGAAACCAAUCCGGGAUAUGUCGGGAAUGAUGAUAGCCCCUGUACUGGCCAACCUCGGCCCCCUGGAGGCGCUGUCGUUCAAGCCAAAUCCUGCCGAGGUAGAAGAGAUUUUCACCCUGUCGCUCUCCCACGUAUGCAGUCCCCAGAAUCAGGGAUACACCCACUUCCGUACCGGUGAGCGCUACGGAUACACCCUGCCCGUGUUCCGCAACGGGAAGCACCGCGUGUGGGGCCUCACUGCCGUGGCCCUCGAACACACGCUCAAACUCAUCGCGCCGCCAUGACAACCAAUCAUUGCAGCCAUCACUACUGUUUUUUUGUAAAGUAUAGUGUAUGUGUGAUUACGGAAUAAUUUGAUUAUUUGUUUCAUAUGUGAAAUUGAUCAUUGGGGCUUAUGUAUCAAUUGAGGACUUCUUAUAAUCAGUGUAUCCCAUAUACUGUAAGCAUACAUGUCAGAAGUGAUAUAUUGAAUAAAUGAGAUAUCAGGUAGGGUCAUGUAAGGAACAAUCAACUUCCAUGUCAAAGCCACUUUGGAUUGUAAUGUCACUAUAUUUUGUCAUACUGACAUAAAAAUCUGAGGUUCUCCCUGGAAAGGUCAAAUCUUUACAGUUCAUUCAUUCACUAACCUUAUGAAGGUAAGGCACCACCAUUUACGAUUCUAUCCUUUUUUGAAAUUUUAUUUCCUUAGGUUUCUGGACAGGACCAAUCAUUAUUUUAUAUGACAUGCAGACAGAAAUAAAUAUAGUGCAAAAAAAUAGCAUUUGAUGUAGAACAUACAGGUAUUGUCUCUGUCAAAUUCAUUACACAAAAAAUGUAUGGUUCAAUCACACACAUUUGUAAAACAUCAAGCUACAGUAUGUCAAAAUCAGCAUUGUUUUAAUUAAUAUGUACAUUCAUUUUCUAUUCCCACGUUAAC